GCAUGCAACAUAUUAUAAAGUUAUAAACACGCAUCUGUUUCAUUAUACCAAAUUUCAACCGGCCAACAAAUAGAAUUAGACAUUGUAUACACUCUAUAAUUCAAGAAAAAAAAAAGGGGGUAAUAUGAAGCCACCUCCACCUUCUUCAUCAUCUUCAACCUCCAAUCUUAUAAGAAAAGCUCGGUUAUCUCCCUAUCUUUUCACUUUGUUAGCCUUCGUUCUAUUUGUCACCAUCCUCUAUGGUCAAGACCUCGGUUGCAUCCUCGGACAACUUGAUCUUGAUAUUAGCCAAAUUCAACCACCUUCAACUCCAAAGAAGCAUUACAAGAAGCUACCAUUUACAAAAAGCGAAGUGAGGGAGAAUGGGUGUGAUUAUUUUAGUGGACAGUGGGUUUGGGAUCCACUGAACAGGCCAUUGUAUCAAGAAUCAGAAUGUCCGUACAUACAGCCACAACUGACGUGUCAGGAACACGGCCGUCCUGACCGGGACUAUCAGUUCUGGAGAUGGCAACCUCAUGGUUGUUCUCUUCCAAGCUUCAAUGCAUCACUUAUGUUGGAAACAUUACGAAAUAAGAAGAUGAUGUUCGUUGGAGACUCUUUAAAUAGGGGCCAAUAUGUAUCGAUGGUGUGUCUUCUCCAUUCGCUCAUCCCUGACAAUGCUAAAUCCAUGGAAACUUUUGGUUCUUUGACUGUUUUUACAAUGAAGGAUUAUAAUGCAACAAUUGAAUUCUAUUGGGCUCCUUUUUUGCUUGAAUCAAACUCGGAUGAUGCUAUCAUACAUCGUGUUUCUGAUAGAGUUGUAAGAAGAGGAUCCAUUAACAAACACGGAAAGCAUUGGAAAGGAGUUGAUAUUAUGGUUUUCAAUACUUACCUUUGGUGGAUGACUGGCCUUGAUAUGAAAAUCUUGCAAGGAUCGUUUGAUGAUGAAGAGAAAGAGAUAGUAGAAGUGUCGACGGAGGAUGCUUAUAGAAUGGGGAUCAAGAGUAUGUUAAGAUGGGCAAGGAAAAAUAUGGAUCCUAAGAAAACAAGACUUUUCUUCACGAGCAUGUCUCCUUCUCAUCAAAAGAGUCAAGAUUGGGGAGCCGAAGCAGGUGGAAACUGUUACAACCAAACAGAAAUGAUUGCGGAUCCAAAGUAUUGGGGAACCGAUUGUAGGAAAAGCAUAAUGGGAGUACUUGGAGACGUAUUCAGGAAAUCAAGGUUUCCCGUAACGUUUCUAAAUAUCACACAACUCUCACUUUACCGAAAAGAUGCCCAUACUUCGAUCUAUAAGAAACAAUGGAGUCCAUUGACACCCGAACAAAUAGCCAAUCCCACGAGCUAUGCCGAUUGUGUGCAUUGGUGUUUGCCUGGGCUUCAAGAUACAUGGAAUGAGCUCUUAUUUGCCAAGCUCUUUUAUCCUUGAUAUAUAGUGUUUGUUUGAAAUUGAGAUUAUGUAUAAUUGUAUAAAUGCAUCUCAAAAAGGGGGAAAAAUAUGAGAGGUAAAGAAUAUUUCCAUGGGAAGUUUGAACUGGACUUGUAAAUGAGAUUCAAUUGAUUGGGCCAAAUUUUUGAAAGCUCUUACUUA